ACGUGUUUGGUCCUUCAUUUCAGCAAUGCAGAAUCAGGAACGUUGUAACUAAAAACGGAUAGAUUGUGUGCCAGGUCAGGACAAUAUCUGACUUGAGGAGUUGUUUCGGGAUGGUCUGGACAAGCAGAGCUUGCUUCCGCAAGUAUGGCAACUUUGUGGAUAAUAUACGGCUGUAUGUGAGGGGUGGAAGCGGAGGAAUGGGUUUGCCCCGUUUAGGGGGAAAUGGGGGAAAUGGUGGAGACGUGUGUGUGGUGGCCAAAAAAGGCACUACAUUGAAGCAAAUCAAGGACAAACACCCUAACAAACGAUUCACUGCAGGUGUUGGUUCAAACAGCAGUAUUCAUGCUCUGAGAGGGGCGAAAGGAGAGGACACCCAGGUAUUCGCACCUACUGGGAUCAGUGUCACAACGGAUGGGGGGAGAAUACUAGGGGAGUUGAACUGUGAAGGAGACAGACUUUUGGUGGCUAGAGGUGGUCAUGGUGGCUCUCUUCACUCUGGGUUCUUACCCAGUAAAGGUCAAACCAGACAGAUUCGGCUGGACCUUAAACUCAUUGCAGAUCUUGGACUUGUAGGGUUUCCCAAUGCAGGCAAAUCCUCCUUGCUGACUGCCUUGUCUCAUGCUAAACCAAUGAUUGCCAGCUAUCCCUUUACAACUUUAAGACCUGAAAUCGGAAAGAUCAUGUAUGAUGACCACAAGCAGGUUUCUAUGGCAGACUUACCAGGACUCAUUGAAGGUGCUCACGUGAAUAAAGGCAUGGGACACAAGUUUCUCAAGCAUGUGGAAAGAACCAAGCAGCUCAUGUUUGUGGUCGAUAUCUGUGGGUUUCAGCUAGCUAGUAACACCCCGUUUAGGUCUGCAUUUGAAACUGUACUGCUUUUAACCAAGGAGCUGGAGUUGUAUAAGGAGGAACUGUUAGACAAGCCAGCCAUCCUGGUCAUAAAUAAGAUGGACCUCCCUGAGGCUCAGGGCCGGCUCAGAGAGCUGGAAGCUCACUUGGAGAACCAGGAAGAAUCAAGCCACAUCUUUCCUGAGGACGUCACCCCUAAAACACGAAUGCGUUUUAUGCACAUCGUCCCAGUCUCUGCCACGACUGGCCUUGGACUGCCCUUGCUCAAGUCCCUCAUUCGUCAAUCACUUGAGGAGCAGGAUGUCAUAGAAACUGAGGGUCAGCGCAGUGAGAAGCUACUCAAAUUGAAAAGGGAGAUUCCCGUACCCAGCUGGGGUUUUCCUCAACCAACCUGAGGUCACAUAUUCAGGUUUAGGUAUGGCAGUCCAUAAACUAUCCUCAGAGAUACUGUUGAACAUUUGCUGACCUGUGAAAUAUUCAAUGUGUGGCUAAAAGGAACACACAUAGCAUGUUUUCAUUUAACAAAUCAGUCUAG